AUGGGCGACUCCCUCCCAACCACCGCCGUCCACACCGGCACUUCCACUCCCGCACCCCGCGAAAAACCCGAUCCGACCGAUAUGAUGGCCGACUCGCCCCCUUCCUCCCCGACGUCUUCUACUGUGGUCAGCAGAGCCCUUCAUCGGCUGAACAACGAUGUGGAUCCCAAGCAGUGCAUCUCUAUAUCGAUCUAUGCGUGUUUCUUGACAGGCUUCACGUCGAGUCCUUCUUUUUCCGCCUGCUACGUAUGGUGCGGCUUCCAAACCGGCAACUUGGCCCAACUAGGCCUCGCUGCCGCCCGCGCAUUCUCCAUGGACCCGUACAGGACAUAUGGCUUUCAAAAACCAGACCAGCAAGCCCUGACGUCGCUCCUCGCCUUCAUUCUCGGGACAUGCUGUGGGCGCAUAGGCGAUAAAUGGGGGAAUAGGACACGGAGGUGGUUAAUGUCUGCGACGCUGGUGCAGGUGUUAUUGGCGAUGGCGGCGGCUUUGACGGCUUGGAAGAGUGGGGAGACGGGGAUUGCUUUGGAAAGAGGAGAGCCAAGCUGGCAUACUCCGCUGGGCAUGGCCGCGCUUGCCUUCCUCUCAGCCACCAUGGGUAUCCAGGGUAUCGUCGGCAAGAGAAUAGCGUCGCCGAUGAACACCACCGUCGUGCUCACUACCACCUGGGUCGAACUCUUCAACGACCCCCUCCUCCUCACCGCACACCUCGCCCCCUCUCGCGACGUCCGCCUCAUGGGCGUAUCCGGCGUCAUCCUCGGCGCCUUCAUCUCGCGCGCAAUCCUCCAGUCCCCAGCGGGCCAAGCGGGGUGUUUGGGUGUGUUGGCGGGAUUGAGGCUGAUACAGGCGCUGUGGUGGGGGUUUGUGCCGGGCGUAAAGGUGGAUUGGGAGAAGGUCGGCAAGGGGGUUAGUACGAGUAAGGAUGUAAGGGGCGGGGCUGUUCUUUAG